AUGGCAGAGAGGUUACAAACCAUUACUUUUAGGAGCAGUGUCUCUACUAUUACAGAAUUCCUGGGGUUUGCUAUUUAUUGCGUACUUUAUCAACGCGGCGUGUACCCUAGUGAUAGUUUUCAGCAGGUCACCCGAUAUGGUGUGCAACUGAUGGUAUCCGUUGAUGAAGAGCUUAAUUCGUAUCUUGCAGAAGUUCUCCAGCAGGUGAUAAAGUGGGUCUCACAAGAUAAACUUAGAAAGCUUGUUUUAGUUUUAGUUGAUGCAGAGACAAAAGGCGAUGUUGUCGAGCGGUGGGUGUUUGACAUCGCAACUCAGGGACUGGAGGCGGUAGAAGGUGUUAAUUCCAAAUCCGAUGACACGCUUCGGAAGGAGAUUCAAGCGGUGCUGCGUCAAGUAACAUCAUCAGUCUCGUAUCUUCCUUUACUGCACCGUCCAUGCUACUUUGAUAUGCUGGUUUAUGCGGAUCCCGACACGGAGCUUCCAACCGGUUCGUGGGAGCUUAGCGACCCGCGGCUAAUUAUGGGGAGUAGCGAGGUUACAUUGCGUUCAUUCUCGACAAGUUUUCAUAGCGUAAGUGCAUCCGUGGCUUAUAGAGAUGGUUCAUAG